UCAGUUUGCCUGGGUUUGGCCAGUGAACAAACAUCAUCUGAAAGUUUGAGAAGCUUUGAUUAGGUUUCUUCCCAAGGGAGAAUUGGGCUUACCGGGGAUUCAUUUAAGUUGUGUUGACUAUGUCAAAAUGGAAGAUGGAAACAUGACAUUACUCCGUUUGCUUUUGGCCUGGGAUAAUGUCUUUUUAUGAAGUACCUUUAUUGAGUGAUUCAAACUCAGAACUAAAAGCAGUUUUCUUAAGGUUGUGUAAACCAGUUUGUCUGGUCCGCACUGAUGGUGAAAAUAAUAAUGUGGGAGAACAGAAUUCUUUUGGACUUUGAUCCCUACGGAUACAAGUCAUAUUGUGUUAGAUUUGUGUUCAGAAAGGAACAUUACAAACCCUGGGAAAAGAAGGAAGGGAGCCCUAGGUUUGAGUUUCUUCUACCCUAUAGAAUGAUAGGUAGGCAUAGAAAUUAAAUUUAGUCAUAGGGAAACAAAGUUGUGUCUCCUACAUAAAAUAAGCAAGUAGCUUUAGCCCUCCCAUCCUCGACCGGUGCGGACGUGGGGCAGCAUGGCUGCCCCAGCCCCGGUCACGCGGCAGGUCAGCAGCCAUGCAGCCCCAGCCCCAGCCCCGACCGGCCCUGAGCGUGGGCAGCUCCCGGCUGCAGCAGUGGCCAAGCUGCCUGUGCUGGAUGCCUCCAGGAAGUGGGUGCCAUUUGGCGCGCUGUUCCUGGAGCACCGAGCCGUGGUGGUCUUCGUGCGGCAUUUCCUGUGUUACAUCUGCAGAGAAUACGUACAAGAUUUGGCCAAAAUCCCCAAGAGUGUUUUACAGGAAGCAGAUGUCACCCUUAUAGUGAUUGGACACUUGUCCUACCAUCAUAUUGAGCCUUUCUGCAAACUGAAUGGGUAUUCUCAUGAAAUCUACGUUGAUCCUGAGAGAGAAAUUUAUAAAAGAUUGGAAAUGAAAAGAGGUGAAGGAAUUGCCUUCUCAGGACAGAGCCCCCAUGUAAAGUCACAUAUACUCUCAGGAAGCAUUCAGAUCCUGUGGUGGGCAGUGACUGGCUCUCUUUUUGAUUUUCAAGGAGACCCAGCUCAGCAGGGUGGCACCCUCAUCUUAGGUCCGGGUAGUAAAGUCCAUUUCAUACAGUGCAAUAGGAAUAGAUUGGAUCAGAAACCCAUCAACUCCAUCCUACAGCUUGUCGGAGUUCUGCAUGUGAACUUUGCAAGCAGACCUUCAGUUAUCCACGUGUGACUCAGCACAGAAUUUCUGCCUUUCAUUUGGAUCCUGGGGAAUAGGACCUUAAAUAUUUGGGAUAUGGUAUCCUUGUCUCACUUGCUGACCCUUCCAGUCUUCUAGGAUUAUAAAAACAUACAGAGAUAAUGUGACAGUUGAAUUGCAUGUUGAGAGGCCAUGUUCCUGUUUGCUAAAGCUGCGGGAAUGGAAGAUACCAGAAAUGGAUUGGCUUUUUCAAUGGGGGUUUAUCAGUUGACAAAUUUACAGUUUUGAGGCCAUGAAAAUGUCCCAAUUAAGGCAUCA